UCGUCGCAUCUGUGCUCGCGAAGCCGCCGCGCGCGCGUACAAAUACCCGGCGGAGGAAACGGCGAGGGGCCACCGAACCCUAAAACCCCGCGCCUCCGUCCCCGCCACGCGCCUGCCUCACCAUGGCGGCCGUACAGCGCCUGCUCCGCUCCUCGUCCGUCGCCGCGGCGGGCAGGAGGCGCAUGGCGACGUCGCUGGCGCCCGGGCAGGCACCCGCGGCGGCGCCGGCCUUCCCGUUCGCGGGGGCCGAGAGGAGGCGCCGGCCGGCGCACGAGAGGAACGUGCAGUGGGUCUUCCUGGGCUGCCCCGGCGUCGGCAAGGGCACCUACGCCAGCCGCCUCUCCCGCCUCCUCGGCGUGCCCCACAUCGCCACCGGCGACCUCGUCCGCGACGAGCUCGCCUCCACCGGCCCGGACGCCGUGCAGCUUAAGGAAAUUGUUAAUCAAGGAAAGCUGGUUUCUGAUGAAAUUAUCAUCAAUCUCUUAUCUAAACGGCUUAAGAAAGGAGAAGAGAAAGGCGAAUCAGGGUUUAUUCUUGACGGUUUUCCACGCACCGUAAACCAAGCGGAAAUUCUUGACGGAGUUACAGACAUUGAUAUGGUGGUUAAUCUGAAGUUGAGAGAAGAUAUCAUAGUACAGAAGUGCCUUGGUAGACGGAUUUGUGGCCAAUGUGGUAAGAACUUCAAUUUGGCCUGCAUUGAUGUCAAGGCCGAAAAUGGGCUACCACCGAUCUACAUGUCACCAUUGUUACCCCCCAAUAACUGCAUGUCGAAGCUUCUUACUCGAGACGACGACACCGAAGAGGUUGUUAGAAACCGCCUACGGAUCUACAAUGAAAUGAGUCAACCUGUGGAGGAUUUCUACCAGAAGCAGGGAAAGGUUCUCGAGUUCGAUUUACCCGGAGGAAUCCCUGAAUCUUGGCCAAAGCUGCUCGAUGUUCUGAAUCUCGAGGACCAGCAGGAGAUGAAGUUGGCCGCGGCGUAAGUCCUGUGGGACAUACCUUACAUAGUCCAAAGCAUACCAUACAUUUUUUCAAUAAUGGAAAAGGGAUAAAAGAACUCUUGUUUCCAUAGAUAUGUGUGCCUUUGUGAGCGUAAUUUUUGACCAGUAGCGAGCUGUUUAUUCUUGCCGGCGUUUUCGCGAGCCGGUGCUAUGUAACGAUCAUAACGAUAUUUUGAUCCUGACUUUUUUGAGUUAGGGGUUUGUGGUGCGUAAGGACACCAUGUAAUGUUGAUUCAAAGAUGAAGAGUGGUAGACCGUCAUCUGUGCUUUUUA